ACGGUUCCCGCAGCGAGAGAGAUUACAAGGGGUUAAUUGGAGACCCUGCCUCCUAGCCAGGAGCCAAUCAGAACUGGCGGGGGCGGGGCCAGGCUGCCUCUGAGAAAGAGAUCUGGACCGACCAGAUUGCUACCCUCUGGAGUGGAACCUGGAGCUGCCGGCUGGACUUGUGGGGCAGGAGCCGGAGCGUAGGUCUUGCCCUCUGCCCUGUGACAGCUCCCAGCCGGAGGGUGCAGGACAGCUGCCUGGGUUAGGGGCCAUCGCUGAGGGAAAGAAGACCAGCACUCCGAAUCUUUCAUUCCCCAACCAGCAGGAUGGGAUGCACUCAGGCUCUAACUUCAGCUGGCUCUGGUGGCCCACAUGGACACAAGGUCUAUUUAUAGUUCUGUCACAGAAGGCCAGCCACCAAGCACAGAGGUAGCCAGGGUUUUUCAAGGGCUAUCGGGACAGAGGGAAGAGUGAGAGAGGCCAGUCCUGCCUUCUUCCACAUCCUCCUUGGCCACCCCCAGACCCCCAUGAACCCAGAGAGUUCUCUAUAGUCUGAUAGAUAGAUAGCCUGCCUGUGGGUCAAGGGCAAGGUCAGGGUUGCAGUCCCCAGCGCAGAUGGACACGGUCUUGUGGUCUGGACAAGGGUUGCAGUUGCAUCAGCCCCAGCAGUGACCCAGGGCAGAGGCCCCGAAGAGAGGGCAAAGGCUGGCUAGGUUUCAGGAAGGCAAAGAAAGCAGUCGGAGAGUGGGAAGGCAAAUUUAGGAAGCCAGAGCCUCCCUAGACCUCCCACCAGGGGUCAAUCCUACAGGUGGCCAAUGGUUGGUCGAACUUAGGCAGGGAGCCUGCCUUCAAUGGUGGUGAGAGCUGGACCCAGAAGGCUGAUUGCCAGAUCUUCCCUCCGGCCUGGGGUCGUCUCCUUCCCUACUUGCUACAGAAAUUCCUAACUUCCUUCUAGCCCUAGCUGUGGGUGGCCACAUGCUGUGGAGAAGAAAGUCCUUCUGGCUGGCAUUGUCAGCCUUCUGGCUCCUCCUCAUCCUCCUAGGAGUCUUCCCCCUUCGCCUGGCAGUGUCGCCCCGUCCUCUUCCAGGGCGCUCCCAAGGCUGGCCCCGCUGGCUGGAUGCUACCUUCCUACAGAGUUUCUCCCAGCCUGAGACGAACCCCGAAGAAGAUGUCCAACAGCUCCCUCGAGUCUCCCGGGGGAGCAGCUGCACCUGGGGAGCCUGCUUUGACACCUCCAAAUGUAGGGGGAAAGUCCUCAAGAUCUUUGUACACUCCGCGGCUGGUCCGACCACUGAGGCUCAGCGCAGGAUCCUGGACUCCUUGGAGGGCUCCCGCUACUAUGCACUCAGCCCAGCGGAGGCUUGCCUUCUCCUCUUUCUCCCCAGCCAGGACCGUAGAGGCGCAUGCGGGCCCCUGCCUCCGAACUGGAACGGAGGCCGGAACCAUCUGGUGCUCAGUCUCUACCCAGCCCCUUGCACCAGGCUGGGACAGGCGAUGGUAGCUGAGGCUAGCCCCUCCUUGGACAUCUUCCGACCAGGCUUCGAUGUAGCGCUCCCGUAUCUCCCUGAAGCUCACCCAUUGAAAGGCGGGGCCCCUGGCAGCCUGCAGCGGCACGCUCCCCAGCCUGGGGCCACCUUAGUGGCGGUAGCAGAGGAGAGGGGCAGGUGGCGUAUUACAACCACCCACGCCUCAGCCUGCCCCUGGGACAGGAACUGUGAACAAGAUCCUGGACCCCAACAGACCUACCCAGGAGAGAUACUUCCCAAUGCCACCUUCUGCCUCAUUCCUGGCCACCGAUCUGCUACCUCCUGCUUUCUCCAAGCCCUUCAGGCUGGCUGCAUCCCUGUGCUCCUCAGCCCCCGCUGGGAGCUGCCUUUCUCUGAAGUCAUCGACUGGACCAAAGCAGCCAUCAUUGCUGAUGAGAGGCUCCCGCUGCAGGUUCUGGCCGCGCUCCGUGAAAUCCUCCCUUCGCGGGUUCUCGCCCUGCGCCAGCAGACCCAGUUUCUGUGGACCGCUUACUUCUCCUCAGUGGAAAAAGUCAUUCAUACCACCCUAGAGAUCAUUCAGGACCGGAUCUGGGGUGCAUCAGCUCACCCCUCACUGAUGUGGAAUAACCCCCCGGGGGCACUCCUGGCUCUGCCCACUUUUUCCACGAGCCUUCAAGACUUCCCCUUUUAUCAUCUGCAACUGGGCUCCAGCCCUGGGAGCAGUUUCAGCGCCGUGAUCUGGGUGGGCGUCUCCGAAGAGUCCCCGCCGAAGCUCAUCCAGGAAGUGGCAGGUUCCCGGCACUGUGCCCAGAUCCUAAUCCUCUGGAACAGUGAGAAGCCACCCCCUGACAGGUGGCCCAAGACAGCAGUGCCCCUAACAGUCAUUGAGGGACACAGGAAGGUCAGCGACCGAUUCUUCCCGUACAGCAACAUCAGCACCAAUGUCAUCCUCAGCCUUGAUGCUCAGAGCACUCUUUCUACCAGUGAGGUGGACUUUGCCUUUGUGGUGUGGCAGAGUUUUCCUGAGCGGAUGGUGGGCUUUGUGACGGGGAGCCACUUCUGGGAUGAGGCCCGGAGGGGCUGGGGCUACAGUGCUGAGAUGGCCAAUGAAUUCUCCAUGGUCCUGACCACCGCGGCUUUCUACCACAGAUACUACCACACCCUCUUCACUCACUCCCUGCCUAAGGCCCUGAGGGGCAUAGCCGAUGAGACUCCCACCUGUGUUGACAUCCUGAUGAACUUCCUGGUAGCAACCGUCACCAAACUGCCCCCUAUCAAGGUGCCUUACAGCAGGCAGCACCAGGAGGCUGCACCAAUGGCUUCUGAGGGUCCAAGACCCGUGCCGGAGCCUCAGGCCCUGGAUCAGGACUGCAUCAACCGUUUAGCAGCAGGGCUGGGCCACAUGCCUCUGGUUUCCUCUCGAGUGCGUCUGGAUCCGGUGCUGUUCAAGGACCCGGUAUCAGUGCAACGCAAGAAGUAUCGCAGUUUAGAGAAACCCUAGGCGAGGCGCUCUAACUGCCUGCUGGACACGAGACGGAUCAAAGUCCUGUCCUGGUUGGCCAAUCACAAUAGGGAUUGCUGAGGGCCGGGAACCCGGACCUUCCCUGGCUGCGGUGGGGUUGCGUUUGGCACGUUUGGCACAGGCCGGUGUACAGGAUGGUGCACAGGCUCAUCUCGUUCCCCGAAAUGGCUUUCUCUGCAUCUCUGCCUGGUCCACAUCUGACCCGCACUCACCUCCUUGGUGGUCUCGAAGUUCUCGCACGAUUCCUGCCGAGUGGCCUUGAGCACACCACCCGGCCCCAGGACCCGCCUGGGAGCUCGGGAGAACGGGUCCUGCCCUUUUCUCUGUGGUCUGGCAGGUGCACUGUGCAUAUUUGAGCAAUGGCUGCGAGAGUAUUAACUGGUUGCCAGCGUGGGGGAACACGGGCAGAAUGUGCACUAGACAAAACGCUGUCCCUUACCCUGGAGUCGACGUAGAAUGCAGUCACCAGGAUUCCCAGGAUCAAUCAAGAGUAAACAGAGGCCAGGAGUCCGGGAUAACCAGAGGAUUGGGUGUAGCGUGCCAGCUUCACGGCAGACGCCGAAUCUUGGGUGACCAGAAGCAUUGCACUACCAAUAUUGACCACUAGAGAUCAGCUGCUGCACUUCUCUCCCCCCAAAGAAAUGGAAUUUGGUUUUGCUUUCUUUAUAGUUUGUUAUUGUUUUUGUUUGUUUGUUUGUUUUUGUUUUUCAAGUAAGGGUUUCUCUGGGUAGUCUUGGCUGUCCUGGAACUCACUCUGUAUGCCAGGUUGGCCUCAAAUUCACAGAGAUCCACCUGCCAUUCGCUUCCUGAGUGCUGAGAUUAAAUUCAUGCACUACACUCCCCGACUGCUUCUUGAAUUUAGAGGGUCGGGAGGCGGGGAGGAGGCGAGACAAGGUCCGAGUCUGUAACCCACUCUGGCCUGGAACUCACAGCAGUCUUAUUGCCUCAGUUUUCCAAGUGUUAGAGUUACAGGGGUGAGCCACAGUGCCAGACUGAAAUGGAGUUAAAGACUACGGAUAAAAUGGGGCACUGGUGUGUGCAGACCCCAGUAUGAGAACCUGGGAGGAAUAUGACAGAACUCCACUUUGACCCAAACACUUGGAGCUCGGGUUGUUGGCAGAUGGGCUGGUCCUGAGGAAGAGAGCUGUCCUCAGCGUCCUGUAGGUGAGAGUGGAGUGGGGGAGGGGAGGCUGCUUUUCCUGGGUUCAUCCACCUGGAACUGGAAUUAUCGCUUCCGAAAUAAAGCACGUGUCCUUGCCCACUCA